UUCACUGUGUGUAUGUGUACUCCAGUAAAUAUAAGAUUAAUUAAAUUUAUAUUCAAAGCAAUGUGCCUUAAUGAGUCCCUGAAUUGACAUCAUUAAGUAGUAACAAUCAAUGAACAAAUGCAAAAGAAUCCACAGCUUUAACCUGAUUGGAGAUUUUCAAAACCUAAGGUUAAGAGAGGCAUUAAAUAAUGGCUAUGGCAGCCUCCCCUUACGCGUCCACAGAGGAGACAACGAAUGCCUGUAGAGCCUGUCGACUUUUCUUAGGUCCAUGUACAGAUCAACUGAGGGAUGUUUUACUUCACUUUGUACCACCGUCAAGAUUCCCACAGGUCAUUAAACAAAAGAUAAGUAGUCUUCCCCGUCUGACAACACCACAAAUGAAUUUAAUUAUACCCAGAGGCAGUAGCUACUCCGGAAACUAUAGUGAUAUGGAUAUUUCCUUAUUGUACAUACUACUUAGAAACAUCUGUUGUAUACCACCACAUAGCAAUGGCUGGGGAAAUGAUCCAGACCCUACAGACCGAUGUCUUUCUGCCAACAUUGAGAGAAUUCGUAUUACCAGAAAUCAGUGUGUUCAUUCAUCUAGUCCCAUGCUUUCCAAUGUUGAUUUCAACAAAGUCUGGUCCACCAUCAGAGCAGCAGUUAUGGACAUUGAUUCUUUCCUUAACAACCGAAACCAAUAUGUAAGAGGCUUGCAUUUCUUGGAAAAGGAGACAAUGGACCCUGUUCGUGAUCUUUAUUACAUAGAAGAGUUGCGGAAACAAGCUAAAGAAGAUGCAUCAACACGAGAAAUCGUUCUUGACUUAGAAGAAGACGUUUCAAAGCUUAGGAAAGCCAUCCCCCUCAAAGUGAAAGAGAUUCAUGAGAAAGAUAUUUCACAAUGGGAAAAAGAUGACAGAGUUUUCUAUGAAUCUCACAACUUUCGGUCUAUGCUGGAAAAAGUGAAGAAUCAGACUCAUGUGACAUUUGUUGGUGUGCCAGGAGCUGGAAAAACAGUAACAGCUCGUCACUUCGCCCUCAUGUUACAACAGGAAGGGUAUGAGAUUGUACCAAUCAAAGACAUCAGAAAGAUAGAGGACUACUGUGAUCCUAACAACCCACAGGUUUUUGUUAUUGAUGAUGUGGUAGGUGUACUCGGACUUCAAAACACGAAACUAAAUCUUUUGACGGAUUAUAAAGAUAGAAUUGUGAAGCCUGUAAUGACAAAGUCAAAAACUCUCAUGACGUGUAGAGAAGCAGUGUAUAGAGAAUCAUUAGAGUCCAGUUUAUUUUUUUCAGAUGAAAAUAAUAUUGUUUUGUUGCAUAACGAUGUUAAUGCUUUAACGAAUACUGACAAAAAAUGUAUAAUGAAAAUGUAUAACAUAGAUGUAGAUCUGUUGUCUCCUGCAUGUUUGACAUCAGCAUCAAAAAUGUUUCCAUACCUUUGCAAACUGUUUUCAUCAGAAAAGAAAUUCCAAUCAAAUGGUCCUGCAUUUUUUGAAAAUCCAGUUCCAUGCAUAUUGAAAGAACUCGAAGAAAUGAAAAGACAAAACAAAAUCCAGUAUGUUUCUUUGGUUUUAUGUAUGAUGAACAAUAACAAAUUAUCGAAGGAAAUCCUUGAUGAAGCAGAGAAAGAAUCGGCUAUUCGAGACUUUAGUGAAAUAAAACAAAGCGUUCUGAAGAAAUGCAAGGUCAGCAGUCAUACUGAUAAUUUCAACUUUGAUGUUGCAAUGUCUGAAAUGGAGGGCACAUACACAAAACUUAAUGGUACUGAGUAUAGUUUUGUUUAUGAUUCCAUGUUCGAAAAUGUUGCUCAUCAUUUUGGUUCCCAGUUUCCAGAACUCAUCUUAAAAUUUAUGAGCAGCAAUUAUAUUGCUAAAAAUGUAAAGGUUAAAGAAUCUCCAAUACAGAAGAUGGACGAUAAAAAAAUGAUUGAAAAUGCUACAAUCAGUACAUGUAGUGAAAAUGUAGUCAGCAGUAGAGAAAGUGAACAAGGAGAAAAUAAUGCUGCAGUCAGUCAAGAAAAGAAAUCUGGUGUAGAGUCAUUAGAUCUCUUUAUCAGAGUAGGAGAGAAACAUUAUCCAAUGCUGGCAGAGCGGUUGUACAGGGAUAUAGAAAAUAUGGAUCUUGAUUAUGUAUUUAAGAACAGUGUUUUAAAGGAACCUAAGGUGUAUCAGGCUUUUGAGGAUGUUUUAAAGACAAAGUCUGAGACAGAGUUGACGUCUUUAUUUCUGUCAGAGCGUGAGGUUGUGAGUAAAAUUAAACGGCGCUUGAUACCACCGUUGGAAAUUUUACCUAAACUUUUUAUGAAGGACAGAGAGGAAACAUUCGAGAAUAAGAAAAGGGAAGUUAAAUACGCUUUGAGAAUUAUCAGUUGGGUCAUUUAUUAUGGACACAAUAAGAUUUUACAAUAUAUUUUGAAACGAACUGAAAACAAACAAACAGAGCCUGUUUUAUUUAGGAACAUCACAGAGACUGAAAUUCCCGAAAAAUACCUUUUAAUUGUACUGGGCUGCUCCAGUGGUGAUUUAGGGACUGUUGAAAUAUUGCUGAGGUAUAUCAAUAAUGACACACUUAACAUGGUUCACAGAUUUUCGUUAAGAGAAGUGUGUCAGGGUGGACAUGUAAGAAUAGAGAAGGAGCUGUUAGUAACUGGAGCUGGUGGCACUUUUCUAGUUCAAAAUAAAGGUACUACACCACUAAUUACAGCAUGUAGAGGUGGAUAUGAGAGUGUUGUGAAGGAACUAAUAAAGGCAAAGGCAGAUGUGAAUCUACAAGCAGAAUCACACACACCGCUCUCAUUAGCAUGUAGUGGGGGACAUGCAGGUGUAGUACAGGAUCUGAUAAAGGCGGGGGCUAAUGUCAAUCAUCCAGUUCCUUUAGGAAUAUAUUAUUCCAGAACACCACUUGAAGCCGCAUAUAAGAAUGACCAAUCGAGUAUUAAGAAAGAUUUGCUAGAGGCAGGGGUGGAUGCCAAUCUUGAAAGUGUUCAAACAACGCCCUUAAUAAUGGCAUGCGAGCGUGGAGAUAUACGUGUAGUACAACAGCUGCUAGACGCAGGGGCUAAUGUCAAUCUAAAGUGUGAAAGUGGCGAUUAUACACCACUGACAAUGGCUUGUAAGGGUGGACAUAUGAGUAUAGUGGAGAAGCUGCUAGAUGCAAGAGCAGAUGUUAAUCUAAUAGAUGAAAAUGAUACACCACUGACAGCGGCUUGUAAAGGUGGUAGCCUGAGUACAGUAGAGAAGCUGCUAGACGCAGGAGCUGGUGUUAAUAUACAGGACUCGGAAGGGAGAACACCCCUACAUAAUCUACUUUUAUUUAGCACUGAAACUCAGAUACCCGUUAAAUUGAUGGUCAAUGGUUAUGGUGCAGACCCAACUAUCCUUGAUAAAGAAGGGCUUUCACCAAUUAGUAUUGCAUUAAUCAAGAAUGAAUCUGAAGUUAUAAAGCAAUUAUGUAACACUGAAAGUUCCGAUGAGUCAUAUAGACGAAAGUUACAUUUGUUUGACUGCUUACGAGUUAUAAUACAAAGAGAGGUAAUGUUAGACAGCAAGGAUGAUGUGGUGGUUAAAAAAGGAGGAGUGCUGGAUACAAAUAUGUUAGAAUAUAAGUUUAGAACUAUCAUUGAAAGUAAAAGUGACGCACUGAAACAUCUGUUAAAUCUGGGUCUGGAUGCCAACCUGGGGAUAAAGGAGUAUCAUUACGAUUCUUAUGAAAUGAAACCUCUUCUGUUUACAUUGAUUGAUGAUGGAUUUGGUCAGUUUCCAAAGCACAAUCAAGAAGAGGAGCUGGGGAUCCUUGAUGAGAAGGUGAGGAUACUUGUGGAGGCGGGGGCGGAUGUCAAUGUGAAUUACACGAUGUAUCGAGAGCGUUUAAGAAGAAAAAACUCCAUUUAUAAUGGCAUGUAUAUCAGUAACCCUGACUUUGUUGGUAUGAAGACUUUAGUAGACAAAAACGGCUUGUCUCUUCUAGAGAGGACACGGAGACUCCUAAAGCGCACAUUAAGUCUAUGCAGAGAAGAAGACGACACAAGUUUUGUACCUUGGACCGAACAGAGUUUCGGUGAAAUGAAAAAGUAUGUGCGACGCUAUUCUGAGUAAUUAAAUAUAUUUCACAUCAUAUACCGGGUAUUUCAACAAUAUAGUGUACAAUAAAAUAUACUACUAGAAUGAGUAUUUCUUAUCUUCCUGGACGUGAAUAUGCAAUAUGUUGUUAUAUUACGGUACAUGAUUAUCAGUGUUCAUUCUUCAUUGAAUGAUGUAUUUGGUUAACCACAUCAUGUAAUGUGUAUGUUGCUCAAUUUGCAUGUUGUAAUUUAUUGAUAACUUGACAAAAACGAGAUUGUGAAUAUCAAUGCACCAGGUACUUAUUUUUAGUUAGUCGCUUGAUUUUUAAACUGUACUUUGAACAUGCUUAUUC